AUGACGCCUCGCGCGAAGGACGGCGACGACGACGACGACGACCUCGCGAACAGGUGCGUCCCCGCGCUCGUGCACGGCGUCGCGGACGCCGUCGUCGAAGAGGAGGACGCGACGCACGACGCGCAGAGCUCGUGCGCGUCGAACGACCCUCUCCACGACGACGAGUCCAAGACGCCGACGCCGCGCGCGCCCCGCCGCCGCCGCGCCGACGACGGGACGCGCUUCACGACCGCGCCGCGCCCGCUGCUGUUCUCGAUGCUCUGGGGACUGCUCUUCUCGCUCGGGCCGUGGAAAGCGGUCACCGCGGAGCUGAACGACGCGGGAAGGGACUUGUCCAACUUCCAGGGCAAGCACGCGUGUUCGCGCGACGUCCUCAUGGCGACGCCGGCGACGCCGGCGGAGACGGCGUCGGUGAUCGCCGCCUUCGCGCGCGUCCGCGCCGUCGGCGUCGGGCACAGCUGGCACGCCGGUCUGUUCUGCGCCGGGUCCGACGCGAGCUCGGUCGACGUCGUGACGACCGCGACGCGCUCCGUGAAACAGGAUGAGGCGCGUUCUAUACACUGGUUCCCAUACGACCGCGUCGGCGUGGGAGGAGGGGGGAGAAGACGCGACCCGACGACGAUUCCCGUCGCGGAACGCUCGAUCGUCUCUCUCGCGGACGCGACCGUGAGAGUCGACGCGGGGGUGAAACUCCGCCACCUCCUCGACUACCUCGCGUCGUACGACGGCGACGGCGACAGCGACGGCGACGGCGAUGCACUCCAAAGUAGUAACGGUCAAAGUAACGCCUUUCUGUCGCGGUCCGACGGGUACACCCUCCCCGCGGUGCCGUGGUUCAUCGAUCAAACCGUCGGCGGCGCCGUCGCGACGGCGACGCACGGCAGCUCGCUCACGCACGGGUCUCUAUCCUCGCAGCUCGUCGGGCUCACGAUCGUCCUCGCGAACGGCACGGUCGCGUCGUUCGACGAGCGGACGACCCCGGGGUGGCGCUUCGACGCGUUGCGCGCCAACGUCGGCGCCCUAGGCGCGUCCCAUCUCACACUGGUCCCCAUACGACCCCGCGCCGUCGUCGACGUCACGCUGCGGAUCGUUCCAAACGCGCCGGUGCGUAAAACGUCGCGGACGAUGUCCCCGGACGACCUCGUGCGCGCGAUCGUCGCCGCGUCGAACGCGAUGCGGCGGUGCGAGAGGAAGCACGGCGACGACGCGGAGAGCGCGUGGGCGUGCGCGAUGGACGACGACGCCGUGAGAGGCCUCGACGAGACGCAGUUUUUUUGGUUUUUCCCUCUGAACAAAGUCGUUCGCGUGGACUUUUCGCACCUGGACGCGCUGCCGCGAGGCGUGACCCCGUCGAGGCUCGGCCGCGCGACCGGCGGCCGACGGCGUCGUAACUUACUCGGCGGCGCCAUGCCCGGUCGCGGCGAUUUCGGCUGGGAUUCCGUGACGGACGAGAGACGGACGUUACCGGCGAACCUCCCAGCCGACCUCCGCGACAUCGUCAAAGCGCAGCCGCCGGACGCGCCGCGCGACGUCACCGAACGAUUCCGCAUCAUGGGCGACAACGGCCUCGCGCAGUUCUGGGCGAGACAGUGGGAGCGAAGCACGAGCGUCAACGUCGAGAGCGGCGUUUACGACGCUCGAGACGCGUACCUCACGAUGAGCGAGGAGCAGUACGACGCGCACGACGAGUUCGGGUACGAUCAGUAUGAAGUGUGCGUCCCGCUGGCGCGCGCGGGCGCGUGCUUCGAGUCGCUCGCCGACGCCAUCGGUCCCAGCGGGCUCUCGCGCGGAUUUCGAUCGCAAGGGCUAGUUCGCUUCAUGAAACCCGAGACCGCGCUGUUAUCACCCGCGAACGCGAACGCCGCGGGCGCGUGCGUGUACGUCAACAUCGAGGACUUCAAGCGGCACGCGACGGCGCCCGAGGGCGUCAACGUGGAGUUUCUAGACGCGAUGUCGAUCCUUCGCGGCGGCGACUGCCGCGGCCGCCUGCACUGGGGUAAGGCUGGGUGGCCGGAGAAAGGAUGCUUCGACGGCGCGAGAGAGUACGGCGACUCGUGGUGCGAGUUCGGGUGCGCGGUGAACGCGUUGGAUCCGACCGGGAAGUUCAAAGGCGCUUCCGACGUGUUCACUUGGGACGGCGUCGACGCGCGGAAGUGCUGCGACGGCGACGGGAAGUGGAAGGGCGGGGACGGGUGCGCGUGCGAGCUCACGGGGCGCGGCGUCGACGCGAGGACGGGCGCGCGAUGCGACGUGCGGUGGUGA